UCUCUCUAUCUCGCUGUGUAUAACAUGUUGUGGGGGGUCCGUGUGCUGCUGCCAUAGUUGAAUCGUAGUUAUACAUAUACACACUUUCACGCGGCUGGCCCUGGCACACAUAUAUACCAACUCCGCGUGGAAUCAUCGAGCUGUCUUUUUACGGGUUUUCUCGCGGCUGUUUUAUUGUCAACUGGCUUUUAGUCGAUCCGAAUCGUCGGUGUCGAAUGGAGCGAAGGUAUAUUGUAACCUACAAAAAGCGGAGAACCCCUGCGCGCAGGUAGAGAUCGCAACACGGAAGAGGAAGAGCGACUCGUCGAAUUUCGGAGCUGAGUUUCGUGGUGUAUAUAACACUGACAGAGAGGAGGAAACAUGGCUGAAGCCCAUUCGGCCGUUGCGUUCAGCUUCUCCAUCACCCACGAGGGAUGGGACGUGAACUUCGACCGGGAGGUCUUGAACCUCAUCUGGCAGUCCGGUAUUCGCUCGUGGAAGAAGCGAUACUUCAGAUUCCACAAUAACAUUAAGAGCGGAGUGUACCCAGCUUCGCUGGGAAGCCUGUGGCUGACGGUGAUAGUGGUGACGGCGAUUCAUUUCGCCGGAUACAAAGUACCUUACGAUCCUGUGGGGAAGGUGGUGCCGUACUUGUUCGCGUCGCAGAUCCUGGCGCACUUGGCAGGCUGCUUCGUGGUGGGCCUGUUGUUAUGGCUGGUAACGAUAUACGCGAUCCGUUACGUGCUGAAAUUGCUGCUCAUGUACAAAGGCUGGAUGUACGAGUCGAGGGGCCCAGGGAGCAGCAUUUCCAUCCAAACUAAGCUCUGGGCACGAGCAGUCAAGAUCUUCUCGGGAUGGCACAAACCGAUGUUGUACAGUUUCCAAGGCUCUCUUCCAAGAUUGCCACUGCCCAGUGUACACGAUACCAUGCAGCGUUACCUCAGGAGCGCUAGACCCCUGCUCGACGACGAAAACUAUAAACGCAUGGAGCGACUGGCCAGCGAGUUCGAGGCCGGAAUCGGUGUCAAGCUUCAACGCUACCUCAUCCUCAAGUCCUGGUGGGCUACCAACUACGUGUCCGAUUGGUGGGAGGAAUACGUCUACCUGCGCGGUCGCUCACCCAUCAUGGUCAACUCCAACUUCUACGGUAUCGACGCCAUUCUCAUGCACCCGACCAAGCUCCAAUCGGCCCGUGCCGCCAGUGUUAUUCACUCAUGCCUACAGUACCGUAGGCUAAUCGAACGCCAGUCCCUUGAACCGAUUCUAGUCCAAGGCUUGGUGCCUCUAUGCUCGUGGCAGUACGAGAGGCUGUUCAAUACUACCAGGAUUCCCGGAAUCGAGGCCGACAAGAUCAUUCACAUCCAGGACUCGAAACACAUCGUCGUCUACCACAAGGGCAAAUACUUCAGGCUUCCCAUCUAUCACAAGAAUCGUCUGCUUCAACCCUGCGAAAUUGAAGUACAAAUACAGAGCAUCCUCGACGACAAAUCUACGCCCUAUGAAGGCGAGGAAAAACUUGCCUCCCUAACCGCUGGUGAACGUACGCACUGGGCCAAAACUCGGGAAGAAUACUUCAGCAAGGGUAUCAACAAGCAGUCAUUGGACGCUAUCGAAAAGUCCGCCUUCGUUGUUGCACUCGAUGAUGUUCCCUACGAAUUUGACAAGGCACACCCGGAAAAACUUGACAACUACGGACGCAUUCUGCUCCACGGUAAAGGUUACGAUCGCUGGUUUGAUAAAUCCUUUACGCUUUGCAUCGGAAACAACGGCAGGAUCGGUUUUAACGCAGAACACUCCUGGGCCGAUGCCGCAGUGAUGUCACAUCUUUGGGAGGUUGUAAUCAUGGACGAAGCUCCCGGGAUACAGGCAGAUGCUCCCAUUAUGGGAACACUUUGGGAAUUCGCUAUUGGUACUGACGUGGAAGUUGGAUACAAAGAAGAUGGACAUACUAAAGGAACUCCUGAGUUCACGCCACCUGCUCCAUCUAGACUGCAAUGGGAUCUAAAUCCUAAAUGUCUGGAGGCCAUUGAAACUUCGUAUCUGGUUGCUGAGGAACUAGUAAAUGGUGUUGAUCUGCGCAUCUACGUGCACGAUUUGUAUGGCAAGGGCUUCAUGAAGAAGAGCUCUAUGUCGCCCGAUGCUUUUAUUCAAAUGGCGCUGCAACUUGCCUACUAUCGAGACACUGGCAAAUUCAGCUUAACGUAUGAAGCAUCGAUGACGAGGUUGUUCCGCGAAGGCAGAACCGAAACUGUCCGCCCAUGUACAAUCGAAUCCGCAGCCUGGGUGAAGGCCAUGGAAAGCAAGUCAUCUACGGUAGAGGAAAAGCAUAAGCUUUUGAUGGCUGCUGCAGCUCAGCAUCAAAGGGGUUACCAAAAUGCUAUGUCUGGCAAGGGAAUAGAUAGGCAUUUGUUUUGUCUGUACGUAGUUUCCAAGUAUUUAGAGGUGGAUUCUCCGUUUUUAAAGGAAGUAUUGAGCGAGCCUUGGAGACUUUCUACCUCGCAAACUCCCCACGGACAAACUUCCAAGUUAGAUCUUAAAAAGUACCCGGACUGCAUAUCAGCAGGUGGUGGUUUCGGUCCAGUAGCUGAUGAUGGUUAUGGUGUCUCGUAUAUCAUUGCUGGCGAAAAUAUGAUUUUCUUCCACAUUUCGAGCAAAGACAGUUCUCCAGCCACGGACUCGAAAAGGUUUGCCGAAACGAUCAAAACGGCACUGAUGGACAUGAAGAAUUUGUUUUUAGAGAAGAAGAAGUUGCAAAGUCAGGCAAACGGACUCACGUAAUCACUCCGUCGAGAUUUCAUCGCAAUGAAACGGAAAUAUAAAAGAAAGAUCAAGUGCAUGCAAGUUUGCCGUUUAAGAAGAGUUUUAAUAACUAGCACAGAUUCAAUGUUUUAUAGGUCUUUAUAAUUUUUAAAUCAAUUUUUACUGAUUACUAAAACGCACAAAUAUUUUACAAAAGAUGCACAGUUAUUGCGUUCUUGCAGUACUGGCAUAAUGUUUUGUAAAUUUUUCAAAAGAGGUAUUGCACGAAAUUGCACAAUGAUAAACAGUAAAUUAGUUGCAUAUCACGUGAGAUUGCAGAAAUCUUACAUUUCUGCCAAUGGAUGCUUCCGACUGAUGAACUGUUGCUUCCAACUUUGUGAAUUAAAGUUUUUAAUUUUUUACUACAUCAUUAUUGUUUCAGAAUAUAAACGUUACUGCGUCUUGUUGAAAGAGACUAAUUUUAAAUGAUCGACGUUAAAAAUAAUAAUUUUUUCGUUAAACUCAAUGCAAUUAGAUUAAAAAGAGAGUUUAUAUAAUAAGUGAUAUUACAGUAAUUAUACUGUUGUCGUUUUCAUUAAGUAAAGUAAAAAUGGAAAGUUUGUUAAUCAAGAGUAUCAGUGUUGUAGAGACUAUGAACGUGUUGAGCGCGAAUCUUAAUAAAUCGAAGAUUUUUAAAUAAAAAUGUGAUCGCGUCAAGUUUUAGUAUUAGGAAAUGUUAAGUAAUGCCAUGAUUCUAAAAUGUGCAACCUAUCAAUGCAAAAUAACAAAUAUUACAAAUAAUUUUGUACAAGGAUAUUUUCUAUGUUGUUGAAAUGAUUAUUAGUGGUAUUGGUGCUUAAGUUUUAAGGCGUUCAAUAUUUAGUUAGCAGGAAAAAAUUUUUAAAAAAAAUAUGAAAAUGCAAAGGUUUUUUUUGUAAUGUCUUUUUAAAACCAAGAAAAAGAAUCUAGAUGAAUUUGGUUUUAACAACAUACAAAGAGAUUUUUUAGACAAAUUGUUCAGCAAUACAUCAAUAUGAAUAAAGUGUUUUGUAUACCUCAACUCUAGUAUGUACACAAUUGUUUUUAAAAAAAUCUAUACAUAAAUAAAAUAAUUUUUUAGUGA